UCAAAUGAAAAUUAAAAAACAUUACAUGAAAAUUGAUGAAAAUAAAUAAUUUAUCAGGGAAAACAUUUAAUUUGCGCAAAGUAUAGCAUUUAAUACGUAAUAGCAAUGAAUUUAAGCAUAAAAAAUAGUUAUUGUUUAGUUAUAUUCGGUUUGAUAGCAUUGGCAACAACAACCACACAAUUUGAUGUUGAAGAUGAACCACAAAUAAAUCUAGAAGAGGAUACAGAUGAAGUCCCUAAUGUUGACGAGUCAGAAUCACUCCUCUCCAACGUUAUAUCUGAUGUGAAUAAAACUCUCACUAAUAUUUAUAACACAGUAACAUUAGCCAAUGUCACAGCAGAGAAUAAAACACAAACAGCUAAUGAAACACGAAAGCUGGUCAAAUGUAAAGAGAUAAUGUACGAACAAAUUGAAGAAAUAGAGCCAGUAGUAGAAAUAAUCAAUGGAAGUCAUUUAGCUAAGCUAUUACAGAUCAAGCCUGACAUUACAAGCAGGGACAUGGAGGCUAGUUGUGUGCUGGUACUGUUCUUUGCAAGAGCUUGUCCCUUCAGCGCUCAUGCAGCACCACAUUUUAAUGCCUUAGCCAGAUCAUACCCAAGUGUCAAAAUGGUGGCUCUGGAUGCUUUAAAAUACCAAGGAAUUAAUGCACAACAUGGCAUCAUUGGAGUUCCUACUUUAAAAAUGUUCCAUAAUGGUCGGCCAGUGGCUAAAUACAAUGGAACUGAAUACAAUAUACAGUUGUUCAGUAAAUUCGUACAUACAAUCACAGGCCAACAACCCCAGACAUUGUUGGUCACAUCAAAAGAUUUCCAAGGCCCUGUGCCUAGUGUGGUUGAAAAGGAAACUGACUAUUUCCUAAUCUUGUCAUGGCUGUUUAUCAUAGUGUGCUCAGUAUACUAUUUUGUUCAGUCCAAAUAUUGGCAAAUGAUUGUGGAAAUGGUACAGAAUAACUGGAGGGAAUCAGAGGCUCAACAUGAACAUAAUGAUUAAAUGUGUACAUAAAUAAAGCUUAUUUUGUUUUUAAUUUGACCU